GGACAAACUGCGCUUUAUCUUCCGAGGUGGGUCACUCAGUAAGAGCCAUUUGGAGCCGGAGACGACUCGGAGCGCGGUCCAUCAUCAUCACCAUAAUAACAAUAAUAAUAAUAAUACUAAUAAGAGCAAAGCCAGAGACCAGCAGCAGAGAGCUCGUCGCUCCGCAUAGAAGAAGAGAAAGAAACAGCUUAUACACGGAAGAGAAGUGAGUGAACCAGAGAGGGACGGACGGCACUUUAAGUUUGACUGUGCGGGAUAAAUAUUUAUAAAAAGAAAAAAAGACGAAUACGAAGGGAAAGUGAAAGAAUCCGGAACGAGUGGGUGAAGAUGCCGCGGGUCGUCCCGGAACAGAGGAGCAAGUUUGAGAACGAGGAGUUUUUCCGCAAGUUGAGCAGAGAGUGCGAGAUUAAAUAUACUGGGUUCAGGGACCGGCCCCAUGAGGAGAGACAAGCUCGCUUCCAGAACGCUUGCAGGGACGGACGGUCAGAAAUAGCCUUUGUAGCCACAGGAACCAACCUCUCCCUCCAGUUCUUCCCCGCCAACCUGCAUGGAGAUCAGCGGCAGCUUCCUGCAAGGGAGUAUGUCGACUUUGAGAGAGAGACGGGAAAGGUCUACCUGAAGGCUCCCAUGAUUUUGAACGGUGUGUGUGUGAUGUGGCGAGGCUGGAUCGACCUGCAGAGGCUGGAUGGGAUGGGAUACCUAGAGUACGACGAGGAGCGGGCGCAGCAGGAGGACGCUUUGGCCCAGGCGGCGUUUGAAGAGGCCCGGCGCAGAACCCGAGACUUUGAAGACAGAGACCGAUCGCACAGAGAGGAUCUAGAGGACCCUGUGGUUUCUAAAAUCUGGGACUGAUGACACACAGACAGCCAGCAGAAAAGAACAGGUGCAGACGACAGCAGGACCCCAGCCCUGGCUCAAACAUGGCCGACGCUGACGUGGAACACAAGAUGCGCUGAGGAGGAAGAGGAUGACGAAGUAGUGAAAAGAGGAAGAGGAGAAAAACAGGGCUGGCUGUCCUUUCAUUUUGAAUACAGUCAACUGAUAACGAGUCAAUUGUUGACAAAUUGUUCAUCAUUUUAACUCACCAAAUAUUUUUUUAUGUUUAAGUGUAGGAGAAAAAAAACCUUGCGUAUUGAUUGAAUUAGAAGUGAACCAAGCACUAAAACAGAAGGAUUAACAGUUAAAAAUACACAAAGGACUUGUGAACAAAACAAGUUGGAUACAUUUGAACAUGAGUUUCAGACAUAUAAAGUAGCAAUUUUUUUAAAUGAAUUGACAGGGUUGGAUUGAAAUACCAAAAGUAUAUUUUCUAUGGAUAUAAAAUGUUGCAAAAUAGAGGGAGACGGGUGGUGGCGGGUGAGAAAAGACAAAAGCUUGGGGGAGCAGAGAGAAGAGAGAGGGUCACGUUCAAGAGCAUGAAUCAAAAGGGAGGUGUUGACAGUUUGAUUGGCAAAAAGAAAAGUAGCGUUUGCUUUGAGAACAGGGCCGACUACACUGCGCACUCUUCCUGACACCUGCUGUUUUCUCAGACCAAAGCGUGCGUGCUGGAAAGGGGAGAGGGAUGAAAAUAGGCUAAACUGAGUCACAUUCAUGGGGGCAGAUACGAGGUGGGCAUCCAGAGACUAUUGUACCAAGUUUUAGGGUUAAUUAGUAUUUACUGUACUAUAAAGUUCACAACGCGUUUGAAAGCUCUCUGUGGUGAGAGGCCCGUGACGGCAGAACCACGGUUCCUGUAGCAACAACCUCAAAGCCCGACGGAUAACAAAGAAAACUGCUACAAACUCUGCUGUCUUUGCAUCUGGAAGCAAUCUGAAAACGAUUUUGUGGGGCGGGCGUAGGGGUCAAUUCAACGACGCUGAGUCCCGGGUGGGAGGUUUGCACCGUGUGAUACAAUCAGACUUAUUCUCCUCACGGCUUUUCUUUGUGGGCGUGAAACCAAACAGGCCUCCAUUGUUGCCAAUGUGCAGCCUGUUGACAGGUGAGCACUUUUUUCACAGCGAUCCGAGGCCACGUGUGAUCCGAGGCCCCGUGUGAAGCCGGGUGGUGUCACUCUGGUGGUGUCACUCGGGUGGUGUCACUCGGGUGCACUUGUGAUCCGAAGUGAAUUUCAGACAGAAAUGAACCCCAACAAUUUUGAAUUGAAAUCCACUGUAAUAUGUUUUUGGCUUUAGAUUGUAAAGGCAUGUACAAGUCAUGUAACCGAUGCAAUACAGUUCCACAGUUCCAAUACAGAAUCCAUCUAUCGAUCGAUCAAUCUCCCAGUUAUGCUUCAUCAUUGAAGGACUGUAAAAGCCUGAAUACAGUUGAGAUACAAUUCCCUGUCCUGUUACAGCACUAUGAAACAGUAUGUUUUGUUAUCUUAUCAUGUUGUUUGUGUGUAAGUCAUGAUGUUUACUUUUUGUAUUACUUCUCACCUCUGUUGUAUCCAUUUAUGGUCAUCUGUCAGCUUCUUAUGGACUAGUAGUAGCAGCUGUAGCCUUUUUAUGUCAAACUAGGUUGAAAAUUACAAAAUGAAAUGUAGGACUUUUGUUGCUUGAGUUUUUCAUUAUUUUGUGUUUUAUGUAUGAAUGUUAUUCUGAUGGCCUUUUUUUAAGGAAAGGCACUUCUUGGGAUAAAUACAUUGAAUGUGGAUAGACUCAAACACUUUUAUUUUUGUAUUGCGCAACUAGGGGCUCAUUUUAUUUUCCAGUGUAAUUAUUAUAACAAAGAAAAAUGGUUAAUUAUUCAUGCUUUUCUUUUCCCUGACUGACGUAUUAAGUAUUUUGUUGAGGCAACAUUUUAUAAUACGUGAUGGAUAAUAGUAAAAUUAAAGUUAAAAAGAUAAUAGUCCAUGAUGAAUUUGGUACCACAAGAAUACCAUUUUAAAAUUGCAAGAGAACGAAAUAGAAAGGUCGCAAGUUAAAAUUGUAACAGAUAUGUUUCCCGUCGGCUCCCUAACAGAAACACAAAUUUUUAAACUUGAGGCACAGCAACAAAACAAUGCAGGUAUUUCAUCCUAAAUAAGACUUCAUUCAGAUAACCUCUAACCAGGAAUUCACUUUCUUUUAUUCAUUAGAUAUUUUCAGAGAACAUUAGAGAGAAGCUUAAAUGCUUUUGAAGUGGCAAUAAAGAUCAGGAAUGAGGCGGUGAGGUGAGGCAGAGACAAGAGGAAGGCAUUAGAACGUGUAGUGAUAGAUGGUAUAGAUUUACAUGUGGAGUGGAUGUUUUGUUUCCACGACUGACCAUCUCCGGAUUCAUUGUAUGACAUGAAUUCAAGCCAUAGUUAUCUUUGAACCAGUGGGAACUGAUGGAGCAUUGGUAAUAAACCAGUACAACGAGAGGUGAGAUACCCCUGAGAUACAGUGAGUACUGUGUGUUUUUAGAAAUCUAAUGAAUUAAUUGGUAUUUAUGUACUACAAAUGGAUCCAUCAAUGGUCAAACAAGCUCGCUUUCCCAACAGAUCUACUAAAUUCAGAACUUUUGGAUCAGAAAUGACCACAAUUUAUCGCCCUUUCUACACCUAAUAUUAUUUAGGUUUCCCAUGUAUUAGUCAAUACUCUGUCCCUCGAUUCUCUUAAUGCAGGCAUUAAGGCAAAAAAGAAAACCAUAAACCACAAACAUUUUCUUUCUGUUUCUCUAUUUUUGUUUCAACUAUUUAUACGUAGGUUUUAUUUAGAGAUCCAAAGAAGCAUUUCACUCUUCCUGGACGUUUCUUAUUUCUGUUUGUGUGGUCUGCCUUUCUCUCUGUUUAAGGUUAAGCUUUUCCUCUUAGAGGAACCAGAAAUAUGAGAUAUUCAAUUCAAAUUGUUGUUUUUGCUAAUAAAUAUGUAUGAAUUCAUG